AUUACGUCUCCUUAUUAUGACGUAACGUGACGCAGUGGCUGCGACUGCAGACGGUUCGGAGACAGCACCCGAAGAUGGGGACCCCAAUAAAGGAUGUUGUCCUAAGGCCUGAUGCACCGAAGACACUCUUGCUGGACAAACAUGCUGAUUACAUUGCAGCUUAUGGCUCUAAGAAGGACGACUAUGAAUAUGCGCUCUCCGAGUACCUGCGCAUGAGUGGCAUCUACUGGGGACUCACCGUCAUGGACCUGAUGGGACAGCUGCAUCGCAUGAACAAGGAUGAGAUCAUAGAGUUCGUCAGGUCCUGUCAGCACGAGUGUGGGGGCAUCAGCGCCAGCCUGGGUCACGACCCACACCUACUGUACACGCUCAGCGCCGUUCAGAUCCUAACCCUGUACGACAGCGUCAGCGUGCUUGACAUCGACAGGGUGGUGGAGUAUGUGAAGAGCCUGCAGCAGGAUGAUGGUUCUUUCACUGGAGAUAAGUGGGGUGAAAUCGAUACACGAUUCUCCUUCUGUGCAGUGGCCACCUUGGCUCUACUGGGCAAACUGGAGGAGAUCAACCUAAACAAGGCGGUCGAGUUUGUCCUGUCCUGUAUGAACUUCGAUGGGGGGUUUGGCUGCAGACCCGGGUCUGAGUCCCAUGCUGGUCAGAUCUACUGCUGCACAGGGUUCCUGUCUAUCACUGGGAAUCUGCACCAGGUGAACGCUGACCUGCUUGGCUGGUGGCUGUGUGAGCGUCAGCUUCCAUCUGGAGGACUUAACGGACGUCCAGAGAAGCUCCCUGAUGUUUGCUACUCCUGGUGGGUGUUGGCCUCACUGAAAAUCAUUGGCAGGAUCCACUGGAUAGACAAGAGCAAGCUGCGCACCUUCAUCUUGGCCUGCCAGGAUGAAGAGACGGGCGGCUUUGCGGAUCGGCCCGGAGACAUGGUGGACCCGUUCCACACCCUCUUUGGAGUGGCCGGCCUGUCCCUCCUGGGGGACGAGCAGAUCAAGGCCGUAAACCCCGUCCUGUGUAUGCCGGAGGAUGUUCUGCAGAGGAUCGGGCUCCGCCCAGAGAUUGCGAGCUAGCCCCGCCCCCAAGCGGACCUGGGAAGCUGCCUGGGGGUGACGGCGUGGCACGGGUCCCACUGUAACCACCUGCAUAAGUAACACGACAUUUACUCCUUAAAUGAAUUUAAGUGGCAUCUGCAGGAGGCGUAGCAGUGUUUCCGCGUUUUGGAAUCUGCGCUUUGUCUGCCUCGAGCGGGACGACGUCUGUCGGCAAACACCCACGCCGCGGGGUUUCGGGACAACUCUCCGACGACUGAGACCCGCGUUCAGCUUCCUACCUGCGAAUUCCGGCUCAUUGUGACAUCACAGCGCCUGUUACUUCCCUGCUUCGCUCGUCAUUCUUGCCCGGUGCUGGUGGCCCAGGGAGACUCUAUUUAAUGUGGUGAUGGAGCUUCUGAGGUUAAAGUGCAUUAUAGCCCUUCAGGUUCCCCUGUCAUACAGCUCAAUAUUUAUCUUUCACUUCUUCUUGUUUCCCUUCCUUUUUUAUUUUCAGAGUAUAUUAAAAGUUAUCGUUCCUCCCUA